AUACGAACAUCACACUUCAGCUCGAACGAACACAACGACAUUGGAAACCGCAUAAAGAUACAUCCACCGAGAAUGAACUCCAAAUUAAGGCUUCCGAACGGAAUAGAACUCACUUUUGGUAAAAUUGUUGCUUUAGCUGGCGAUUACUAUGGCAUUCCUGAAAGUCCGAUAAUUACUCCCCCCGCGAAGCCUUCCGAAGCAAAGGAAAUGAGAGACAACCGCAGAAGAUUCUUGAAAGCCUUUUCUGAUCUUGCGCGUAAUCAUCGUCGAAAUCUUCGGGUGGAAGUACAAAAUCUUGUGAAAAUGAUCAAUGAAGACCACAAAGCACAAUCAUCGGGCAAGGGAAAACUUCACAGUGAUAAAGAAUGGGACGAGGUUACUGGUGGUAAAUGGCACUGGGCUCCUUUCGUGGGAUAUUUCCCAUGGACUUGGGGCAGAAUGAUGAAUCUGGCAGCAAAAAAUACCGACCACUUUCAACCGGAAGCAACGGAAGCUUACCGCGCAGGUCAUCAAUGCGCUAUAGAUAAAGCACGUCAGGCAGCAAAGAAAACUGAUCCAGAAGAAAAGAAGAACUUUCUCAUGGAAGCUUACGCAAUGGAAGCUUUUGCAGGCCACUAUCUUUCUGACUGCUUCUCAAGCGGUCACAUCAGGUAUGAGUUUCAUAUGUUAGCUACCGGUUGCCUGCGAGGUCCGUACUAAAAAAAAUUUUUGGAGGUCUCAGAAGCGGCCCAAGCCGAAGGUCGAGUGGCGCUCAUCAGACCAAGGGAAUUUUUUUUGUUAAGUGCAGGACAAUUUCAAGGUGGUCUUCAAUCCUGGAAACAUUUUGUUACAAGUACAGCGUUUGUGAUCAUAUUUAAAUUAAGUAUAUAAUAGAUUAUGUUUAGCUGACACAAAAUCAGUAACUUUUACAUUCGUCGUUGCCAUAUAUAGCUAGUACCUAAGACGAAUAUGCCAGUCAGACUAAUUUACGGAAGCUAUUGAAAACAUUUCGAACUAAAUGCACAUCUAAUAAAAUGUCAUGAACCUAAAAAGGACCUUAUGUUUUACUUUUUUUAAAUUAAAGAUAUAUCGAAAAAUAUUUUUUUAUAAGGGUUCUCUUGCAAUAUAUAAUGUUGAUGGCUAUAUGAUUUUUAAGGUUAAGGGCAUAACCAUGUUAUUAAUAAAAUAAUUUUUAUUAUUUCGUCAAAUCUUGCAAAGCGACUCGCUCAUGCAUUAAUUUUUUUUAAUAUAUUAGAAUAACCUACAUCAAACAAUAGAAUUCAAAAUUGGAACAAUACAUAAUAAACAACCGCGUACGUGCCUUAUUAUUGCUUCGAGAAAAUCAUGGUUUAUCCUGACAAGGUACAUACACAAUAUUAUAGAUUUCUCGAUUCAGGGGACAUUUUUACGCUAAUAAUGGAUCAUUCCAGCUAUCUACUAAUUUUUUAUCUAAACAAGAAAGACAAGUAUCUAUCAUUAGGCCUACAUAUAAGAUCAAACGAGCAUGCCAAAAUAGAAAAAUUGCAAAGUUUGGUUGUGAAAUGUUAUAAAAUACGAACAAAUAAUUAAAGCCUUGUGAAAUUACCAAGAUUUGAGUAUUUUAAUACUACACGAGGAAAAAUGCUCCACUUUUGGCUAAAAAGAUUUUUCAUCCUAUUGUUUUAUAUUGAAAAUUGCCUUGUUGUUUGAAUAUAGAACACCGAGAGCAGAAUUAGAAAAAUUUUUGGCAAAGGCGUAUUGGCCCCUUCAUUUAUUAUACGCCAAUGUUGGAGACUACCUUAGCAAAGAGAUGCAUGACGAAGACUGUAAAUAUGGCUUGCGUGUUAAAAAUAAAAGAGGAGACAUGUGGACAGCAUAUGGUGACAAGUCUCUACAUGCUGGAAAAAGUGCUCGUAAUUACAAGCUUGCCACAGAGGCAAUGCAGAAAUCUGCUGAUCAAGUGUACAAGGCGUUCCAGGAUUCUACUGCGAAGAUAGAUUUUAACGUAGUGACGGAUAUUCUACCGUUCGUUGAUGUGAAGGCAGAGAACAACACUCCGUUGUUUCAGAAAAAGAAUGGCAUAUGGUAUUAUCGUUCGAAACUUGAUUUGCAAAGUACCCAUAGAACAAAACUUGGAAAGGGAAUUCAAGCCGCACUCUAUUUGUGGAAAAAUCCCGCUCGUACAAAUUCCGUCAAUAAAUGAAAACAAAGACACUAACGUUGUUUAGCUUUGUAUUUACCGAACUAUUUGGACAAUAAAUGAG